GGCUCAGGGCUCAGGGCUCAGUUUCAAUUCUUCUGUCUGCCCCACGUUUCGGUUUCGCGGCUCCACCACUUCGCCUUUUUGAACCCCCAAAGUCUCUUACCGCGUUAUGCCACACACAAAUCCUCCAUCCCCAAAUAAACCAAAGUCCCACUAACCCCAGCUCAGAUUCUUCUGCUACUAGAUGUUGCAGCCAUCUCCCAUUCUCUGCAUCAAAUCAAUCCUGCUGAUUCAAAUCCCCUUUUCGCAACAUACCAGAUUUUGCAGUGGAUGCAGAUUCCUCUGUUUUGCGUAAUCUGCUCUGCUCCUAAUCCUUUUCUUGCUUUUUCCCCAUCCGUACCUGCCAGAUUCCCUGCGUGUUCUGUCAUUUCGUCGCUGAACUGCCAUUGCAUUACUGGUUUCCUUUUCAGACUCUGCGCUCUGCAGCGGGCGCGCGCUAGUCGAUGAUUGGGCUUUUUGUGUGAAGUUGUUGCGGGAGGGAUAGUUUUAGUUAUCCUGCCCAUUUUGGUUUGCUGAUCAAUGAGGGGGCCUCCGAAGCACCAGCGGCGGUGGGCGUCGGAUUCGGUUCCUGGAAAUGCGAAGAUGAGCGCCGGGUCGUCUCCCGGAACGGAGUCGAGUGCGGCCGAGGAGUUUGUGGAGGUGACGCUCGAUCUGCAGGACGAUGACAGAAUCGUUCUGCGGAGUGUGGAGCCGGCGACGGUUGUUAAUAUCGAUAACGCACUCUCCGUUGGAUCUGAAACUCCCAAGUCUGCUUCGAUGUCGAGAUCGCCGACUUUUAAGCGGAGUUCGUCCAAUCUGUUGCGCCAAUUUUCGCAGGAAUUGAAGGCUGAAGCGGUGGCUAAGGCGAGGCAGUUCUCGCAGGAGUUGAAGCGGUUUUCGUGGAGCCAUGGCCAUUCUGUUGGUGCCGGAAAUGGAUUUGACUCCGCGUUGGCGGCACGAGCUCUGAGGAAGCGACAAGCUCAGCUUGAUCGCACUCGUUCCGGUGCUCAAAAAGCGCUUCGCGGACUAAAAUUCAUUAGCAGUAAGACCAAUGGCGUUGACGCCUGGAACGAAAUCCAGAGCAACUUCGAUAAGCUCGCCAAGGACGGAUUCCUCCACCGCUCCGACUUCGCACAAUGCAUAGGAAUGAAAGAUUCAAAGGAGUUUGCUGUUGAACUGUUCGAUGCUUUGAGUCGGAGACGGAGAUUGAAGGUUGAAAAAAUCAGCAGAGAAGAACUGUUCGAGUUCUGGUCGCAAAUCACAGAUCAAAGUUUCGAUUCGCGACUCCAGAUCUUCUUCGACAUGGUCGACAAAAACGAAGACGGCCGGAUUACUGAAGAGGAAGUGAAAGAGAUUAUUAUGCUGAGUGCUUCUGCAAACAAACUAUCGAGGCUAAAGGAACAGGCAGAGGAAUAUGCGGCCCUCAUCAUGGAGGAGUUGGACCCGGAGAGGCUGGGCUAUAUUGAGCUGUGGCAAUUGGAAACCCUUUUACUGCAAAAGGACACGUAUCUGAACUACAGUCAAGCCCUCAGCUAUACCAGCCAAGCAUUGAGCCAGAACAUACAGGGACUGAGGAACAGAGGUCCCAUAACAAGGCUAAGUACAGAACUACUCUAUUAUUUGCAGGAGAAUUGGAGGAGAAUAUGGGUGUUGAUUUUAUGGGUUAUGAUCUUGGUCGGGCUUUUCACGUGGAAGUUCUUCCAGUACAAGCACACGAACGCCUACAAGGUCAUGGGCUACUGUCUUCUCACGGCUAAGGGUGCGGCUGAGACCCUGAAGUUCAACAUGGCUAUCAUUUUGCUGCCCGUAUGUAGAAAUACCAUCACUUGGAUAAGGUCGACUUGGCUGGGAUAUUUUGUACCUUUUGACGACAAUAUCAAUUUUCACAAGACGAUUGCCGCAGCCAUUGUAGUUGGUGUCAUUCUCCAUGCAGGGAACCACCUUGCCUGUGAUUUUCCAAAACUCGUACAGUCAUCUGCUGAAAGCUAUAAACAGUUGAAAGAUGAUUUCGGGCAACAAAAGCCUACGUACUAUGACUUGGUUAAGGGACCUGAAGGUGUGACUGGUAUCCUAAUGGUCAUCUUCAUGGCUGUGGCAUUUACUCUUGCUACCCGAUGGUUCAGGAGGAGCUUAAUCAAGCUGCCCAAGCCAUUUGAUAGGCUGACCGGAUUCAAUGCCUUCUGGUAUUCACACCACCUGUUUGUCAUUGUUUACGUCUUGCUCAUCAUCCAUGGCAUAUUCCUCUAUGUGGAACACAUAUGGUACCGUAAGACGACUUGGAUGUAUCUUGCUGUCCCAGUUUUACUAUAUGCCGGGGAAAGGACCCUUAGAUUUUUCCGCUCGGGCUUCUACAGUGUUCGACUCCUCAAGGUUGCUAUUUACCCGGGGAAUGUUCUUGCAUUACAAAUGUCUAAACCUCCUCAGUUUCGUUAUAAGAGUGGACAGUACAUGUUUGUCCAAUGUCCUGCCGUUUCUCCAUUUGAAUGGCAUCCAUUUUCGAUUACUUCUGCUCCAGGAGAUGACUAUCUGAGUGUUCACAUACGGCAGCUGGGUGAUUGGACACAAGAGUUAAAGAAGGUAUUUGCUCAAGCCUGUGAGCCACCUGUUGCUGGGAAGAGUGGGCUGCUCAGGGCUGAUGAAACGACCAAGAAAUGGUAUAUAAAUCUUAAAAUCUCUUCAUUUCCUAAUUCUGGCCCUCUUAAUGGAUCUUUUUCUCAUGCAAUGCAUUUCAGUUUGCCGAAGCUCUUAAUAGAUGGACCUUAUGGUGCACCUGCCCAAGACUACAGAAAUUAUGAUGUUCUAUUACUUGUUGGUCUUGGUAUUGGAGCAACACCUUUCAUUAGCAUUUUAAAGGAUUUGCUUAACAACAUCGUCAAAAUGGAGGAGCAGGCGGAUUCAAUUGCAGACGGCGGUAAAGAAUCGGAUCUCAGUUGUGGAAGCACGGACUCUUCCACUACUCCCAGGGUUUCUCCCAAGCGAAAGAAGAUUCUGAAGACGACUAACGCUUACUUUUACUGGGUAACUAGGGAGCAAGGGUCGUUUGACUGGUUCAAAGGGGUCAUGAAUGAAAUCGCUGAGAUGGAUCAGAGGGGUGUCAUUGAGAUGCACAACUACCUGACAAGUGUGUACGAGGAAGGAGACGCUAGAUCAGCCCUCAUCACAAUGGUUCAAGCACUAAAUCACGCAAAGAACGGAAUGGAUAUUGUUUCUGGCACCAGGGUCAGAACCCAUUUUGCAAGGCCAAAUUGGAAGAAAGUUUUUUCCAGAAUUUGUGCCAAGCACUGUAAUGCCAAAAUAGGAGUAUUCUACUGUGGAGCACCAGUCCUUGCCAAAGAACUUAGCAAGCUCUGUUACGAAUUCAAUCAAAAGGGCCCAACUAAAUUUGAUUUUCACAAGGAACACUUCUGAGACUAUACUGCUUAGGGGUACACAAAAACCCACUCUUCGACCCUUCAUUUUAUUGUACAGUUUUUGGUAGGAAAGGAAAUAGAAAAAAACUUAGAAGAAGGAGAGUAUAUGUAAAAAA